AUGGCGAUUGAUUGGGAAAAGUGUUCCAACACAAAAUUUAGUAUGUUCGUAACAACGCAAAAUGCCAAACUAUCGGAGCGCUUUGUUAAUAUGUUGGUGAUUCUUCAUUCGAUUACUGUAAUUCUCUGUAGCACCCACAUCCUUGUGAAAUACGUAGAUGAUGGCAAUGCUUCCAAUGUCUCCACACGAUUAUUCAUUUUAGAGAUGGAUCUGCCAUUUGACGCUAACCAAAGAUUCGUAUAUGAAUCUGUUAUAAUUAGCCAAUUUUUUCAUUUCUUACUAUGUUCCAACCUUGUAAGUGUAUUCAAUGCUUUUCUCAUAAGUCUGAUAUUGCAUAUAGGCGGUCAAAUCGAUAUUCUGCGUGAGAGUUUGAUGGGAAUUGUUCCGAAGAAAGACAAGGCCAGCUCGAGUCAUUUCACAGUAAAAGAAGUAAUAAAAGAACAUCAGAAAAUCAUUACCUUCUCAGAGCAUAUCGAACAUCUGUAUUCGUAUAUUGCAAUGGUGCUAUUUGUAUCAGAUAUUCUGAUUAUCUGCUGCUUAGGUUUUACAAUUGUGGCAUCAAUCGGUCGACCUGACGUUUUCAAAAAUAUAAUUAGGGUCCUCUUAUAUUACUUGACCAUAAAUAUGGAAGCAUUCAUAUUUUGCUUUGCUGGGGAAUACUUGAGCGCUAAGAGUAAAAGCAUCGGAGAUGCUAACUAA